GAUUGAAUGAAGAUGUAAAUUGGGGAGUGAUGUUAUGAGGUGUGGGCAUGAAAUGAUCUUUUCUUUCUGCUUGGUGUGCUUUGAUGUAGAUGGAUUGUGGACCUAGCUGGACCUAAUCCAUAGAUUGCCAUGAAUUAUUCUUAUGUUAUUUUAAAAAAACCCAAGUGUCUGCAGAAUUAGGUCCUUUUAAGAGUUAUAUAUGUUGAUACCAAUCUACAGCUGGGGUUAAUUUGUUCAUUGUAGUAGAUAUUCUGCAUCAGAGUUGAGCGUUGAUGCUUGCCUUUUUCAGAAGAAGGUAAAGGAUACAGACCUACAAUUUAAAAGCACUUUGUACUUGGAGAAGGCCAUGCCAGGAGGAGGAGGAGGAUUCACAUGUUGCAGAACUUAAAAGCCUGGGAGACGCCGGCCGCCUCUUUUCCAUUUGGCCGACGAGGUUGUGCAUCCUCGCAGGAAGAUCCAAGAUGGCGUCUUCCGGACAUGCUUCCGUUCUCAACGCUGCCGAGGCUGCUCGGAAGAGCAGGCGAAACUCUCCGCCUCCAUGUCACGAGAGCGGCGUGCGGGUCCCACGGCCAUCUGACGGCGAUGUCGGCUCCUCGGGGCUCCUGCGGCAGCUGGCCAUCCUGCAUAUGCCCUCUGCGCUACCAGGUUGGCGGUGCAGGUGGUUUUCUGCAUGGCUGGUGAUUGUCCGGACUUCGAAUGAAUUUCAGCGGCUGCUCAGCCAAUGAGAAGGUUCCGCGCCGAGCAAGCUGGCGCAGGCAUUAUUAAUGUGCCGAAGGACGGACAGCAGGCCGGGGUGGAAACGCCUGAGGGCAGCAGCAAGUGGAGGUUUCAGCUGCCGCACACACAGCCAAAAAUCUGGAGCAUUCCCAGCUCCUGGGACUGUGCAGGAUGCUUCUCCUACACAUCUUACAAUCAAGAGGACUGGCUCCGUGAUUCUAGAUACUCACACAGGAGGAAUCUCAAGCCAUCUCAGCCGUUCACAAAAGUUUGCUGAAAGUGAAAGACGUUUUGACACGCCUUCAGGAAGACACAGACAGUUCAAGCAAGCAAGGACCCUGGCAGGAGGGCGCUCUAUCCCCGCCCGUGGGCGGCACUCUAUGGGCUCCCUCCACGUGACCCGGAAGCGGAUGCGCGAUGGCGGAAGCGGGGCAGGAAGGACUCGCGCUUCCGGGUCUGGCUUGCUGGCUGCCCAACGGCGAGGAGCUGGGCUCGGGGAGCAGCCCGGGCGGGAGCAGCGCUGGGCUCGGGCACGGGGACGGCGCCCGCCAUGUGAAGGAGGCCGCUCUUUCGCCCAGGGCAGCACGCCACGACAGCUGUGAUGAAAUGGAGCCUGGGACAAAUUCGUUCCGCGUGGAAUUCCCCGACUUCUCCAGCACCAUCCUGCAGAAGCUGAACCAGCAGCGCCAGCAAGGGCAGCUCUGUGACGUCUCGAUUGUCGUCCAGGGCCACCUCUUCCGAGCCCAUAAGGCCGUCCUGGCGGCCAGCUCCCCUUACUUCUGCGACCAGGUGCUCUUGAAGAACAGCCGGCGGAUCGUUCUGCCGGACGUCAUGAACCCCCGGGUGUUUGAGAACAUCCUGCUCUCGACGUACACGGGGCGGCUGGUGAUGCCCGCGCCAGAGAUCGUCAGCUACCUCACGGCCGCGAGUUUCCUCCAGAUGUGGCACGUGGUCGACAAGUGCACGGAAGUGCUGGAGGGCAACCCGUCGGUCCUUUGCCAGAAGCUGAGCCGUGCCAGCGAUCACCAGUCCCCGAGCAGCAGCAACUACAAUGGCCUCGUCGAGAGCUUUGAGCUGGGCUCCGCCGGGCAGACGGACUUCCACAAAGCGCCAGAGCUGCGCGAUGGCGAGAACGAGGAGGAGAGCUCGAAAGACGAGCUGUCCUCUCAGCUCACGGAGCACGAGUACCUCCCCAGCAACUCCUCGACGGAACACGACCGGCUGAGCACGGGGAUGACCAGCCAGGACGGGGAAGAGGGAGCCAGCGACAGCGCUGAGUAUCAGUACGCCCGGCCGCUGUACAGCAAGCCCAGUAUCAUGUCUCACAAGCGGUGGGUCCACGUGAAACCCGAGAGGUUCGUGCAGGACUGUGAAGGGGUGGAGAUGCACGCCCCGUAUGACGAGCACCAGGUCUCCGAGUCCCUGAACGCCGUUGUGGUGGAGCACUCGAGCAAGGCGUCCGGCCCGGGCGACUUCCACGUUGCCGAGAAGAAGAUGGAGACGGAAUACGACGAGCAGGCCAACGAGAGUAACUAUGACGAGCAGGUGGACUUCUACGGCUCAUCCAUGGAAGAAUUUUCCGGAGAAAGGGCCGACGGGAAUCUAAGCCUCCACAGACAGGACACGGUGGCCGCGUCUGGGUACGGGGACAGCCUUGACGGCGCCUCGGGAAUCAAGGAGGAGAGCACCCUCUCCGGGUUUUCGACAGCUGACAAGCUUUACCCGUGUCAGUGCGGCAAAAGCUUCACGCACAAGAGCCAGAGGGACCGUCACAUGAGCAUGCACCUCGGGCUGCGCCCGUACGGCUGCGGGGUGUGCGGCAAGAAGUUCAAGAUGAAGCACCACCUGGUCGGCCACAUGAAGAUCCACACAGGCAUCAAGCCGUACGAGUGUAACAUUUGCGGGAAGAGGUUCAUGUGGAGGGACAGUUUCCACCGGCACGUGACGUCUUGUACCAAGUCGUACCAGGCCUGUAAGGUGGAGCAGAACACUACUGAGAUGAAUUAGGGAGAGAGCAGGGCUACUUAGCGGCGUAAGCGGGUUGGAUGCCUUGCCUGGUGCUUGCUGUUGCAAGAUCCUCUGCGGCUUUCUAAACACACAUCCUGAAAGCGCCUGGGAAUGCAAGCGGGCUCCUAAUCUCCGAGGCCUGCCUGGGAUUCCUCUGCCAAAACUGCAAAUAAGGAAGCCGGUUGAAGGGUGGUGGUACUUUCGCGUGGUUCUAAUUGUUGCUAUUUAUUAUUUGUCUUUCACUCGCACUUGGGGUUCUUCUCAGAAGGGCCGUUUCAGGUUCCGAGCGUGUGGAGAUUGCUAUGUUGAUUCAGCUGGGCGGCUGGCUGGUCGAACAGCACCACUCGCUUUCGCAGUCCGUGCGUUAAACCGGCCACGUGACCUGUCUAGAGCCAAAGGGUGACCAGAUAGUGAAACGCCAGUCACUAAGCAAGUUUCAGGGGCCGGCAGCUUUCAAUGGCACGGCUGCUUUUGAUCUGUCGGACUUUGAGUUCCCCUGUCCGGCCCCAUUUUGUUUGUCUUGGCAGAGUCUUUCUGCUUCAUGAUUUUUUAAAAAAAAUAAUUGUAAAGCACUUGCCGAUAUUGUGAUGGACACUUUAGAGAGAGAGUGAACAGUCCUUGUGCCUCGCCAAUUUCCCCCCACCCCGGUAGUGCCUAAUGCAAUAGUCCGUCAGAUGAGCCUUCUGUUGUGGCUUCCUUGGUCCAGACAACGAGAGAGAAUCCUCUUUUGUUCCCCAGUCGAGUUUUUUUGGGUUUUUUUUAAAACGCUCAUCUCUGGCAUGUGAGGCUCAAAGCAGACUUCUUUUGGGUGCGGUUUUAGGUUUGGAGCUUGCUCUUCGUAAGCACAAAUCCAGGCUACUGAUCGACACAUCAGGGUUCAACGUUCAUAAGCUUUUGGUACCGAACAGCUCACUUAACUCAGAUCGGGAGCAGCUGAAAGCUCUCUGCCUCCCUAACGGAGCUACUUGGCAGUUUAAUAACUGGCUUUUGCUGGAUGUUUCUCGGUCGUGUCGGGCAGACCUCUCCAAACCUGGAAACAGUUCCUGGCUUCCCGAACACGAAACCGUCUCCUCUGCGGAGGGCAAAUUUUAAACACUGGAUUCUUUUUAUCACCUGAAGUUGUUACAGCUAGUUUUAUUUUUAUUUUUAAAGAGAACUUCAGUUCUCCUCUUUUCCCACCCCUUUUCUCCUCCUCUCACCCCAGCGGUAGGGUGAAUGCACAAGUUAGAGGCGACUCCGAAUGGUCAAAGCGGUUGUGCUGCUAUUUGAUAGGAAGAAACGCGUUCUUGCCCCCUUGAAUGUGCUGUGGACGGCAUCAGCCUGGUCGAGCGGGCGUUUCCUUAGCAGAAUAAUCUAGCCAGUGCCAAGGCGUGUUGCUGGUGCCAAGACACCUCUUUGUAUUCUUCUUUUCAGCCCGCAAACUGUGAAUGCGGAAAAUAUUUGGUGGGCCUUGUGUUUCUAAACCUCUGUCCAUCCACCCAGGAAAACAAACCUUGCUGAGGUGGUUGCCCUCUUCCCUUAACAGCCCAGUCCAAACAGUCGGUUUCAUCUGAUAAGCUGAUAUGAAUAGCUAGCACAGAUAGGGGGCAGCAGGACUGCCACCUGCCUAGGAUUUUGCCACCAACCGGCCGCCAGACACUGGCAGGCAUGCGGCGAAGACCCGUUAUGAGUCAGCUCCAAAAGUGGGGAGCUUAAAGUCCCGGCUUUUCGAGCCGACUCCCGGCAUAAUGCAUAAGGGGUGGGCUUGCCCCAUAAUGCAUCAGAAGGGGCACCUCUUUCCCAGUGCAUUAUGGGGGAAGUCCGCAUGGCACACUCUGGCCAGUGCGAAUAAAUGAAUAAAUCUCAUGGCAGGGAAGCAGUGUGUCCCCCUUUUCAGCGUCCCUGGGAUGAAAAGGGUUGGGAGACACUGGGGCUCUUCUCUCGAUGCUUAACUGGUUAAGACUUUUGAGAGCUGGGUGCAUUCCCCGUUUCCGUUAUAUGUGAGUUAAGAGCUCGGUCCGGGAAGGGGAAGGUGAUCGUGUGGGAGGUGGGGGUAGGCUCCGGCGGUGGCGUCCUCCCUGGAACGUCUCUCCAGCAUAUUACCACGGCAGCAAGAAACGCCUGCCUUCCACACGAUCACCUCCUGCUCCCCCCGCCCUCACUUCUUACUCGCAUGUGGCUGGAGAUCAGGAGCACGCCCAACUUCUGAAGCUGGGCUAACGGCCGUGGGAACAGCCCUACCGGCUUCCAGAUUUGGCAUGGAAGACAUCGUAAAAAUUCUCUUAAACCGAGCCGAUUUAUUGGUUCUUCAGAUUUCCUUCUAUCUCCCCCACCCGCAGCUCCUUUAAAAAAAAAAAAGAAGUCUCUUGCAUUACCGAUGUCUUAAGCACGACACCUCAGCCAUCGGGGGCAGAGGGCAGGCGCGUACGAGCAGUCAGCAGCGAGGGGGGCGGCUGCUUCCCCCCCCCGCCCCACUCAUGGAGCUCAGCUCAUGCCAGAGUGGAGGCAGCGCUCAGACCCCCGAACCUACAAGGUAACUCAACAGGGAUGUCCUUGCAAACACUGUAACCUGCUAAAUGUAUAGAAGCACUUUGUAUUUAAAAACAAACAAACAAAAAAGAAACCCUUUAUAAAUGUUUUUUAAAACUUUAAAAACAAAAGAUAUAUA